GACGCCGGAUAAAGCCCGCAGAUGCCCCGCCCCUUGUCAGUCUAGCGGAGAGAUGCGGAGCGAGAUGGACUACUGCGUCUAAAACCCAAAGAUCAGGUGGACCGAGGCGAAUGGACCAAUAUUUCUCCCAUCACUCACGCACAGAUUAUUACUUCAUUAUUUCGCGCACCGAUAGCGUUCAAAAUGCCUUUCCCACCAAUAAACCUGCACUCACGGAUAUCCUCGCCUAGAAAGGAGCUGUUCAGGAAAAAGAAGAGCAGGGACAAUGUCGCACCUCCUGAACCCGCGUUCAGUCAAAGGACAGGAGACGACAAGGAGUCGGAGAAAGAUAAACUAUCCACAUCGUGGACAUCGGCCAAUCUAAAGCAGCUGGGACGAAGCAAGCCGAGCAGAGUGCCUCCAGAUCCCGAGACGGACAGCAAACAUUCGUGGUUGAGCGUCCCCAAACCCUUGGCUACCUCAUGCGAAAGCGUCCCACGGUCCAGUUCUGGAGAGUCCAGCCAUAAAUACGCCUCCAGGAACUCUCUAGCAAAAGAAGGCGGCGAGCAAGAGAUCCACUUCUCCCUCAGCCUGACCCCCGAAGCCAUCCUGGUCAUCCAAAAGCGCAACCUGGAAAAGCAGAUGAUGGCCAAGCAACAGAAGUGCUGCGCUUCCGCGGACUUGCGACACCGGCGGGUUUUCCCGUCGAAGAGAGCUCAGGGCAGCUCCAGUAACAAGAGCUCCGGACCUGUUGCCAAACUGGACGCGUCCAAUGACAUUAGCACCAUUGUGAAGAUCUCCCUCCUCAACGAUCAGUAUAAAUAUGAUGAUGUGGAGUACGAGGAGGAGGACGGAGACGUGGACGAGACAGUCAUGCGGAAAUGUAAAGAGUGGCUCAAAGGUGUGGAGAGUGCUGCUGCUUUUGGGAAAGUGGAUAAACUGUCACCUCUGCCUCAUAUUAAAAGCUGAUUAACCCGAACUCAGCCUACUUCAUUCCACACCGAAAGGUCCACUGUGAAGUCUUCAGUUCACGAGUUAUGUGUCAAACACAAAAGUCACCUAAUUUGCUUUUAGAAAUAAUGUCACACAGAAUGCGUGCUUGCGUUGGACGGAGCGCAAUGUAAUAUAGAAUACUGAGUCGCCUUUGUAAAAGUUGAACUUCAAUUUUAAUGCACAUGUGGCUCUCGCACACAGGACGCGUUCUUCUUUUCAGCAACAGAUUUUAACUUGACUGUGCGACUUAAAAUCUUGGCACACACACACAAAUAUAUAUGAAGUUAUUGGAAUGGAACAGAAUGCAGAGGUGCUCUAAAAAUGAUUGUUUUCACAUUGAUGCGCCAUUAAACCUGAUGGCGCAAGUGGCGAUGCACUGGCCAAAAAACAACCUUAUGACGCAGCGCACAUAAAGCAACAAUAAAUAAACAUGUCUGACUGAACGCAAGAACGCGUCCUUUGCGUACACACACUCAGCGUUUUUAAUGGACUGACUGGAAUGUUUUUUUUUUUUGUUUUUUUUUUUUCUGGAUUGAGAUGUAUUGCUGAUCACUGAAUUUUUGCAGGUUACCUUUACGCAUUGAAUGAGAAGCAGUCGUGUUUUUUGCACAUUGCUAUUGUUUUCACUUUGAUGGGCUGAAUGACGGAUGUUUGUUUCGAUCUGUGGAAGUGAGAGGAUGCGAAUGUCGACCGGUGAAAGGCAUCCAGAGGCCACGGUCCUUCCUUUGUGCCAGAAAACAAUAGCCAUCAAGGCGACACUGUCUGAAAGCCUUAGAAUAGACACUUAAUAUCUGAAACUUGUUAAAAGUUUGUGUGUAAUAUGCACUCGGUGACUGUUUGAUCGACGAACCAGCCGUGUACAGUAUUUAUUUUGCAACGUGUGUUUAUAUGCUGUGUGUUGUUCCAGGUCAUUUAUAAGGUUUCUGAUAAUAAAAUCGAAAAGACAUGUU